UUGAAUGUCUCUGACUCAAAACUACACUACCCAGGAUGCAAAACGUCGCCAAGAAGGGAAGUCUAAUUCUAAGCCGCUUGGAUAAAAAAAAAGCCAACAGCUGAAGUAUUGUAUUACACCAGAGGAACCUGACUAGCCUAUAAUAGGACAAGGGCGACACUAACCCGACUGGUCACGCUCUUUAAAUCUGUCAAGAUAUGACGCGGAAAUUAAGGGCAACGACAUUUGAUUUGACACCAGAAAUUUUGGUCUCAAGUUAUGCCAGAAGACACAGCGUGGAGUUGGACCUGUAACGGGACCAUUGAUUUCAACUUCAAGUAAUGUUGCUUAUUCUUCUUGUCAUGGAGCGACUCAGCCUCACAAGACUGUUGACUGGAGCUCAUCGUAACAGUUUGUAAUGUCGCACUGUUGGACGGAACCUGUCAGGUGCUUCUUACAUAUUUCUGUUUUAAGUCAAAGGCACGUAUGAGCUGACAUUUAUUUUAACCAACCGAUACGAUUUGAUAUUUACUUAUUUUAAAUGUAUUAUAAUAACUAUAAUAUUAAACAUGUAAGGUUUUUAUUGUUAUUUUAGCCUGACUGAAUGAAGGAAGGGAAAGACCUGGGAUUUAUUAAUGGUGUAUUAAGAGAUUACAAGACAUGUGAGAUGAUCCAUUUUGCUGACAUGCCAACAAUCAUGUCAUAGCACUGUGACCACAGACUUGGGCCCUUUUUUUCUCAUCAUGAAUUUUACUGCUUCAUCUGGAUACUAAUGGGUGUUUGUGCUGCCAGUCUAAAGAGGCUCCAUCAUGGGAUGUGUACAGAGUGUAAAACUCAAGCCAAGUUUUCAUGAGAACAUCAGGGUCCUGGAACUGCAGGCCUCCAUUGAUGCCAGUCCAACGGUCGUCGAUGAGUCAUCGAAUGUGGUUCUGCGAUACCGCACGCCUUACUUCAGGGCAUCAGCUCAGGUGCAGGUGCCACCCAUGCUUUGCAAAGAGAUCUGGACCGUUGGCUGGAUCCAGGCUUGCAAUCAAAUGGAUUUCUUUAAUAUAUAUGGGAAUGAAGGAGUAUCCAGCUGGGAGCUCCCAGAACUGAAAUGUGGGCAGAUCCAGGCCAUUAGUGAUUCAGAUGGUGUGAAUUACCCCUGGUACGGCUGCACCACUGAGAUGUACACAGUAGUGGGUCCCACUAAGAAGAGCACCAAACUCACCGUCAGCAUGAAUGAUAACUUCUGCCCAAGUGUGACAUGGAGUGUCCCAGUGGGCACCACCAGCAGUCCCCCUCUCCUGAGCUCCAUCCAGAGGGACCAACGCUUCACCACGUGGCUAGUGGCCAUGAACGAAACUACAGCUGAGAUGGUGCUACUCCAAACCAUCCGCUGGAGGAUGGAGCUCUGCAUUAAAGUGGAUCCAAUGAAGCCUCUGGGUCAAAGAGCCACAGUUGUGGAGCCACUGAUCCAGGAACAGCCUCAAGUCCUAGUUAAAAAUGAACCCAUCCCAACAAAUGCCUUGCUUAAGCCUAAUGCCAAUGAUGCCCAAGUUCUAAUGUGGCGGCCUAGAAAUGGGGAGCCCAUUGUGGUCAUACCCCCAAAAUACUGAUCUCAUGAAGGAUAUUUACUUCCAGUUUGAACUGCAAUGAUUCAGUAAUUCUCAGUUAAAUCAAGAAUGGCAUGGCGUGAGUAAGAAUAAUAGUCAACAGGGUUAACAUUUUAAAGGAACAAAUAUAUUAUUUGUGUAUUUAUUGAUGGUUGAUAGGCUGUUUGAAAGGAUAGUCCACCUAAAAGUGAAAAUUCUCUCAUCAGUUCCUCAACCUCAAGUCAUUCCAAACCUGUGUGACUUUUCUUCUGUGGAU